GGGAGGUGUGUCUCUGGCUGCGCGGGUGCACGCCUCUUGAAUAAAUGCGCAGCACAGCUGGGUCUGUGAUCAGACGCGCUAAUUUAAGGAGCACUGUCUUUGUUGCGUUCACCCAGAUCCGGUGUUCAGUCACUUUCAGUUUGCGUGAAGCGUGCUGUUCUGCGUUUGUGACGGGGGGCCAGAGAAAAAGAAAAGAAAAGGCAGGGACAAGUAGAGAGAAGUGAGUGGUAAUCAUCAGAUCCCUCAGCAGAAGUGACAGCAGGUGUGAAUUCAUGUCUGUAUUUUCACCGCAGAUAUACUGCCCAGUGUUUGUGCCCAGCCGAGACAUGACUGAGGUGAUGAUCAGCAGCACCCCAAUGGAGGACAUCAGGCUCAGCCCCAGCAAGGACAGACUCUCCUUCCAGAUCUUUCCAGACCCCUCAGACUUUGACCGCUGCUGUAAGCUCAAAGACCGCCUACCAUCCAUCGUGGUUGAGCCGACAGAGGGAGAAGUCGAGAGCGGUGAACUUCGCUGGCCUCCUGAGGAGUUCCUGGUCAGUGAGGAGGAAGAGGAGGAGGAGCAGCAUGAUGGCAGCAUCCAAAAUGGACAGCCAAUGCAGAAUUCCCAACAAUAGAUAUUGCUCCAGCACCCAUUCACCUUUUUGUUUUUCUUGUCAUUUGUGGUGGGUUCUACCUUUCACACACUGGGCACUUCACCAGAGCACUCCAGCAGACUUGACUGAUCCUUUCAGUGUCCCUUGAUGCCAACUCUUUGCCCAUUGCACCCCACCCACCAUCCCACAUGCACAUACAGUCUACGCUAAGCACAUUAAUCAUCUUGUGCUGUAAUCCACCAAAACAGAAAGGGAGAAAAGCUCAAUCGAUGCACACCUCCAUCCCUCACAUAAUUCCUACCAUGUUCUAGUCAACAUGCCUCGGCUCAUCGCAGGCGCCCUCUUGGCGAGCAGCAGCUCGUUGCUCCAUGGACAGCUUUUGUUCUGCAGGGGGCCCGCAGCUGCUCUCCACCUGACUCCAAAAUGGCUGGCAUCAUGACCCCAGAGGUUUCAGACAUGCAUACAGAAUCGGAGUGGUACCUGUGGGAAUUGUUGUACAGUAUAAAUGUUUGUUCUCCUUGAUUUGCUAGAACUGUCUUCGUCACUGCUGUGAUUUGUCUCUUAGAAAUUAAUGUUGUUACUGUUUCUGAGAAGUGGGUAUAUCGUACAAACUUUUUUUUUUUUUUCUUGAAGCAGUCUUGCAAAAAAAUUAAAUUGAGGCUGAUGUAACUCCGAGGCUACAGUUUAAAGGGGAAUCCUGAGAGAAGAUGGAGGGGGAAAAAAGCAUUUAUUUAAAAAAAAACUAAAAAGUAAUAAAAUUGCAAUGUGCAGAACAGACCCGAUGAAGGAUUAUGUAAAUGUUUCCCAAUGAGCCAAACCUUGAGGCCUCGUGUGCUGAAUUGAAAGUUAACUUUCUUUGCUAGUCUUCCUGUUUUUGUCUUUUAAAUGCUGUUGGGGGUUUUGUUUUUAAAACCAUGAUGUUUUGGUUGCAGAAAUUUCAUGCACUGGGAUAUAGUUUGAGGACAUGAUACUUGCUAAACACUUUUUUGGGUGGGGGGGGGAGCGUUAACCUGUAUACAUUUAUUUUAUUUUUUUUCUUAAUGUUACACCCAGUCAGUGUUCUGAAAAAGCUUAUCGGAUAACAUAUUGUGGACAGUGUGACGUUCCCUUAUAGAUGGCUGAGAUGUCCUUUCUUUGAGCGUCAUUAGGGCUUUGAGCAUCUCUUCCUGUCACCUGCAGGUCCCACAUUGUUUUGUUUUUUUUGUUUUUUUUGUAAAGCUCAGGGAGAUUAGCUGCCAUCCUUCUCUUGCGUUUG